AUGGCGGGCGACAGCCCGGGGGGGGAAAGACACCCGGCGGCCGGGCGGAGGGCAGCCGGCUCCCGUUGCGGGAGGCAGCCCCUCGCCCAGGCCCCCUGCCCCGUCCCUGCGGCCUGCGGGGCCUUCGCCCUGAGAGGGGGGACUUUCCCUUAUACCCUCUCUUUUGCCAACUCAGAUGCAUGUUUGGACCCUUCCUUGAGCAGAUUUAACUCUCAUGGCCAGCAGAGAAAAAAACCUUCCCUGGGUUACUUUUUUGCUGUUUCAGAUGGUGAACUGAACGUGCUGGAUGACAUUUUGACUGAUGCUCCUGACCAAGAUGAUGAGUUGUAUAACCCUGAUAGUGAGCAAGAUAAAAGUGAGAAAAAGGGAUCAAAAAGAAAAAGUGACAGAAUGGAAAAUGCUGAAAGCAAAAGACAAAAACCUUCUAUACAUUCUUCAAGGCAAAUAGUGCCAAAGCCACCUAGUUCAUCAGUUAGCAGUAACAAGAGAAUAGUGAGUACGAAAGGAAAACCUGUGUCAGAGUACAAGAAUGAUGAAUAUCAGAGAUUGGAUAGAAACAAGCGUCCAGAUGGCGAGCGAAAGAUGCGCAUGUCAAGCAGUGCCAGGGAUCCCUAUAAAGGACAACCAGAAAAAACGUGCAUGAGGAAGAGGGAUCUUGAGAGAAGGGCAAAGUCUUCCACACCAGAUGGUUCAGAGAGAAUCAGGCAUGAUAUGGAUAGACGACCAAGCAGAUCCAGCCAUUCUUCCAAAGAAGAGCUGAAUUCUGAAGAAUAUUGCUCAGAUCAUGAGACUGGCAGUAGCGGCUCCUCUGAACAAGGCAAUACAGAGAAUGAGGAGGAAGGAAUGGAGGAAGAGGAAGAUGAUGAAGGGGAGGAGGAUGAAGAGGUGGAAGAAGAUGGGGAGGAGGACGAAGAAGAAUAUGAACAGGAUGAGCGAGAUCAGAAGGAAGGAAAUGACUAUGACACACGAAGUGAAGCCAGUGAUUCUGAUUCUGAAUCCGCUUCUUUCACAGAUGGGUCAGUCAGAUCUGGUUCCGGUUCCGAGGCAUCAGAUGAGAAAAAGAAGGAGAGGAAACGAGCCAGAGGCAUCUCCCCAAUUGUUUUUGACAGAAGUGGAAGUUCUGCAUCAGAAUCAUAUGCAGGUUCAGAAAAGAAGCAUGAGAAAUUAUCAUCUUCCGUUCGUGCUGUCCAAAAAGACCAAACAAGUAAACUUAAAUAUAUUCUCCAAGAUGCAAGGUUCUUUCUCAUCAAGAGUAAUAACCAUGAAAAUGUGUCACUUGCUAAAGCUAAGGGAGUAUGGUCGACACUUCCAGUCAAUGAAAAGAAGCUUAAUGCUGCAUUUAGAUCAGCGAGGAGUGUUAUUUUGAUAUUUUCUGUAAGAGAGAGUGGCAAAUUCCAAGGAUUUGCAAGGUUGUCUUCAGAGUCCCAUCAUGGAGGAUCACCUAUACAUUGGGUGCUGCCUGCAGGAAUGAAUGCAAAAAUGUUGGGAGGUGUCUUCAAAAUUGAUUGGAUUUGCAGGCGUGAAUUGCCCUUCACUAAAUCUGCUCACCUGACCAAUCCUUGGAAUGAACAUAAGCCAGUAAAGAUUGGACGCGAUGGACAGGAAAUUGAGCCGGAAUGUGGAACCCAGCUUUGUCUUCUGUUCCCUCCCGAUGAAAGUAUUGACUUGUAUCAAGUCAUUCAUAAAAUGAGGCACAAGAGAAGAAUGCACUCACAGCCCCGAUCAAGAGGACGCCCAUCCCGUCGAGACCCCGUUCGGGACGUGGGAAGGCGUCGACCAGAGGAUUAUGAUAUUCAUAACAGCAGAAAGAAACCAAGGAUUGACUAUCCCCCUGAAUUUCACCAAAGACCAGGGUAUAUAAAGGACCCCAGGUAUCCCGAAGUAGACAGACGAUUUUCAGGAGUUCGCCGAGAUGUAUUUUUAAAUGGGUCCUAUAAUGAUUACGUGAGGGAAUUCCACAACAUGGGACCACCACCACCAUGGCAAGGAAUG